AAACUGUCCAGGUCAACAUAGACUCUGUACCGUGUGCAUUGGAGAAGAAGGACCUGGCCAGCCAUGAGCCCCACUCAGCUCAUCGGGAUCCUUUCCCUUCUGACCGUUGCGUCAUCCUCUCAUCAUCGUCAAACCCGUCAUCAUCAUCGCCAUCACGGUAUUUUGAAAGAACUGGAGGAACGCAUUGCAGAGAAUUUGUACGCCCUGAGCCAGUAUUACUAUGAUGGAAUAGAGGAUCCCUGCCUAUCGCAGCCGUGCUUUAACCAUGGGACAUGUGUGGCUACCGAACGGGGAUACAUGUGCCGCUGCACCGAAUUCUUUAUCGGAUUAAACUGUGAGAAAGUCAUUCGCCCGUGUAAAAAUACCACAUGCCCCAAUGGAGAGUGUGUCCUAAAGAAACUGGCUCCUUACUACAAGUGUCGAUGCCAUUACCCACAUCACGGACUGUCCUGCAACCUAGUGGAAGAAGUCUGCAAGCAGAACCCGUGUAAGAACGGAGGAACCUGUGUGGCGAAGGGGCUCAACAAGUUUGCCUGUGUCUGUACGAAGAGUCACAAAGGGAAGUUUUGUGAAAUAGAGUCACAUGACUGCUUCCGAAACAACGGAUUUCGAUACCGUGGUCAUGUCAGUCGCACAGAGACUGGACACAACUGCCUGCCCUGGGAUUCUUACCAUUUGAGUAGAGAGAAUAUCAACGCCUUCAUUCCAGACAUCUGGCAGCACGGGAUUGGGGAGCACAACUUUUGCCGGAAUCCUGAUGCAGCGGAAAAACCAUGGUGCUAUUACCUGAAUGAGAAGAAGAAAUUGAAAUGGGACGCAUGCGAAGUUCACACCUGUCCCAUUGAAAAGAAGAUUCCAGGUUUGAGCCCUAACAUCACUGUGAUCUUGAAGCCACCCAAAACCACGACCAUCCCCAGCACAACAGUCAAAGUGAAUUCUUCGUUCUCCACAUGUGGAAUGAGAGAGAUGCCUUUACUCAGCCGUGGCAGGAUCAUCGGGGGGAAGAGGACACAACCAGGAAACCACCCUUGGUUGGCUUCGCUGCAGCUGAAGGAGUCUUACGGCGAGUAUCCCCCGGGCCAUUUGUGUGGUGGCACUCUGAUAGCCGAGUGCUGGAUUCUGACGGCUGCCCACUGUGUGAAACCAUUACCACUGCCGAGUCUCUGGAAAGUGUUCCUGGGAAAAUCUGAUUUAAAUAAGAAUGAGAGUACGGAGCAGGCGCUGGAGGUGGAGAAGAUCAUCAUACACGACAACUUUUUAGAGGGAUCCUACAGCCUGCACUACGAUUUCGCUCUUAUGAAACUGAAGAAGGUGAAGGGGAAAUGCGCCAGGGAGACGCGUUUUGUGAAGACGGCAUGUUUACCAGACUUGGAAUUUCCCCCUGGAAAGAUGUGCGCCAUCUCUGGGUGGGGAAGAACAGAGAGAGGUUUCAUCAACCACUUGCUGGAAGCCACGGUCCAAGUCAUCUCUGAAGCCAACUGCACCAACCCCGCAAUGUACGGGAAAUUUAUCGACCAGAGUAUGCUGUGUGCCGGAGUACCUGAAGGGGGAGUUGACGCUUGUCAGGGUGACUCCGGUGGACCCCUUGCCUGUGAACAGAACGGAGUGGUUCAAGUCGCCGGCGUGGUUAGCUGGGGAGAAAAGUGCGGCGAGAAAGACAAGCCAGGGGUCUAUUCCCAUGUCUACAGAUUCAUUCCUUGGAUCAAAGAGAACAUCAAAGCAAAUCCAUAGAACUGUAAUUAUGAGUAUAAUACAACUUAUACUAUAGCGCCACCCUUGUGGGCACACUGGGACUUUACCUGGAAGAUUUAUAGGCAUCAGUGAACACAGGAAAUAACAAAGUACUGGACAAUGUCAGUUUUAGGCCCGUGAAGGGCCACACUUGUUAUGUAAUUUUAUGUAUAUUGGGAAGCACCAUAGAAGGUAUUGUAUUGUUUUCAUUGUAAUUGAAACACAAUAAAA